AUGCCGCCUGGGCCUCGUGGUCUGCCGGUGCUGACUGUCGUAGCUGCGCUCCCUCCGGUCGGAGCGGACCAGUCAUCGUUGCCCGCCGUGGAGCGAGCGCGCGAGGAGCUGUCGAGUCGGCACCCGAUUCCGGGAUCCCGAAUCAUGGGCGUCAAGGAGCGCUUCGCCUCCAAGUCGCACGACGGCCCCGUCGACGUCGCCGACACCACGGGCACCGACAUAAUCCCCGUCGAAUCCCACAACGCCGAGCGGGAGCUGCGAAACUUCAGGAAGCAGCACAAGUGGGAUCCCUUCCUCGACGUCGACAAGCUCGACAACAUCGACGAUGCCCUCGCCUCCGGCAACGCCGAGAAGGAGGCGGCCAUUGACGAGUCCCUCAUCCAGGAGGACUCUCCCUACCCCGAAGUCCGCCAAUCGGUGCCCCCCGUCGACAUCGACGUGCCCGUCAACACCAUCCGCGCAUGGGCCAUCGGCGGCUUCCUCUGCACCAUCGUCGCCGCCUGCAACAUUCUUCUCAACCUUCGCCGGACCCCCAUCACCAUCUCCUCCACCGUCGUCCAGCUGAUUGCCUACCCCCUCGGCAGAGCUUGGGCCCGGUUCAUGCCCGAGGCCACGUUCAAGCUCUUCGGCCACACGCUCGAGCUCAACCCUGGCCCCUUCAACGUCAAGGAGCACACCAUCAUCACCAUGAUGACGGCCGCCGGCUCCUCCAUCAGCUACUCCAUCGACAUCCUGCUGGCCCAGGAGAUCUUCUACAAGCAGCAGUUCAAGUGGGGCUUCCAGAUCCUCCUCAUGCUCUCGACGCAGGCCAUGGGCUUCGGCGUCGCCGGCAUCGCCCGCCGCUUCCUCGUCUGGCCCUCGUCCAUGGUCUGGCCCGCGACGCUCAUCACCUGCACCGUCAUGUACUCGCUGCACGACCACAGCCACUCGGACCCGUCGCAGACCAACGGCUGGAAGAUUGGCCGCUACAGCUUCUUCCUCCUCGUCGCCAUGUGCACCUUUGGCUGGGAGUGGUUCCCCCUCGUCAUCGCCCCCUUCCUCUCGAGCUUCAUGUUCGCCACCUGGAUCGCGCCCAGCAACGUCGUCGUCAACCAGAUCUUUGGCGGCAACUCGGGCCUCGGCCUCCUGCCCAUCUCCUUCGACUGGUCCACCGUCACCGCCUUCCUCCUCUCGCCCCUCCAGACGCCCGCCUUCGCCAUCCUCAACGUCAUGGCCGGCAUCAUCCUCACCGCCAUCGGCGCCAUCGGCCUCGCCUGGGCCGGCCCCGACUUCUACCGCUACCUGCCCCUCAGCGCGAACCAGAACUUUGACCGCUUCGCCGAGCCCUACAACACGUCGCGCAUCCUGACGCCCGACUUCACCGUCAACGAGACGGCCUACCAGGCCUACUCGCCCAUCCUCCUCGGCCCCACCUUCUCCCUCUCCUACGGCCUCUCCUUCGCCACCCUCAUCUCCACCGUCACCCACGUCGCCCUCUUCUACGGCGCCGACGUCUGGAACCGCGCCAUGAACUCCAAGUACGAGGAGCCCGACGUCCACCUCAAGCUCAUGCGCAGGUACAAGGAGGCGCCCGAGUGGUGGUUCCUCUCCAUCUUCGUCGUCAGCUUCGCCUUUGGCAUGAUCGCGAGCCAGGUCUGGCGCACCCACCUCCCCUGGUGGGCCUACAUCCUCUGCAUCCUCAUCGGCGUCGUCCUCUUCAUCCCCAUCGGCAUGGUCCAGGCCAUCACGAACCAGCAGACAGGCCUCAACGUCAUCACCGAGAUGGUCAUCGGUUACAUGAUGCCCGGCCGACCUGUCGCCAUGAUGCUCUUCAAGUCGUGGGGCUACAUGCUCUCCUACAACGGUCUGACCUACAUCUCCGACAUGAAGGUCGGCCACUACAUGAAGAUUCCGCCCCGCAGCAUGUUCGCCGCCCAGGCCUUUGCCGUCAUCUGGCUCUCCUUCGUCCAGAUAUCCACCUACAACUUCCUCCGCGGCAACAUCAAGGGCAUCUGCACCCCGACCCAGUCCCAGGGCCUCACCUGCCCCAACGCCCGCACCUUUUACAACGCGAGCGUCAUCUGGGGCGUCAUCGGCCCCAAGAAGGUCUUUGGCGCCGGCAGCAUCUACGCAUGGACCAACUGGUUCUGGCUCAUCGGCUUCGCCGUCCCCGUCGUCCAGUACUUUCUCGCCCGCCGCUACCCCCGCUCCUGGCUCCGAUACGUCGUCACGCCCGCCAUCUUCGGCGGCGCCGGCCUCAUCCCCCCGGCCACCCUCUACUACCUCUUCCAGUGGGUCAUCGUCGGUCUCGUCUUCAACCUCUUCAUCCGCCGUCGCUACUUUGGCUGGUGGUCUCGCUACAACUACGCCCUGUCCGGCGCGCUCGACAUCGGGACGGCCCUCUGCACCGUCGUCUCGGGCCUCGGCCUCGGCCUCAGCGAGACGUCCUUCCCGAGGUGGUGGGGCACCAACGUCAUCACCAACACCAUGGACUACAACGGCACCGCCGUCACGAGGGUCUUCCAGGAAGGCCAGGACCCCAUCGGUCCGUCCAGCUGGUAG